AUGACUUUGAGACUUGACGAUGCGGUUCAAUGCGUCGAAUACGACCUCACGUUCACCGUGGAUCCUGAUAGCGAGGACUUCAAAUGCGAGGGACUCAUUGACUUGACGGUGUUCGAGAGCAGAGAUGCAUUUACCUUGAACGCUCUGAGAAUGGACCUUACUUCCAUGAAGAUCAACGGCAAGGCUGUGACAUAUUCCAUUGACGAAGACGCACAACUUUUGAACAUAAACCAUGCUGUCAAGGCAGGCGAGAAAGCACAACUAGCUUUUGCAUGCACCGGAAAAUGCAGUAAUGACAUGUACGGAAUAUACCGGUCUUCGUAUGAGGAUUUCGAAGAGAAUGAGGAGUCCAGUCGAGACGAUGAUGCAGAAAAUGGCGAUAUCGCCUCAGACUUGGAUUCCCUCGCCAUAGAGAAGGUAACGUCAAACAAUGCAAAUGAAAAAUUCUUGAUUUCGACGCAAUUCGAACCAAUUGGUGCAAGACGGGCAUUUCCUUGCAUUGACGAUCCAGCCAGAAAAGCCCGCUUUACCGUCUCCUUGGUCCAUCCUACAAAGUUCACAGCUUUGCUGAACUGUCCAAUUCUGGAAACGGUGAAGCUUGAUGAGUACUGGCUGCGUACAAGAUACGAAAAGUCUCCGCUUAUGUCGACGUACUUGGUUGCAUUUGUGGUUGGAGAACUCGAGAGCUUGAAGAGUGAAACAUUACCAAUAACAGUCUGGACCGUUGUUGGAGGAGCAGAGGAGGCAUCCUUUGCACUUGACGUUGCUGAGAAAAGUGUUCCAUUCUUGGAGGAGAUUUUCGGCUUCAAGUAUCCAUUGCCUAAAUUGGACUUGGUUGCCAUCCCUGACUUUGCCAAGAGUGCAAUGGAGAACUUCGGACUCAUCACCUUCAAGGAAGCAGAUUUCUUGGUGGGUAGCAAUCCAUCCCAGACCUUGAAGGAGACAGUUUUCGAGGCAGUUUCUCACGAAAUAUCCCACCAGUGGUUCGGAAAUUUGGUCACCAUGGACUUUUGGGACGGACUCUGGCUUAAAGAGGGUUUCGCUACAUGGUGCCUGUGGUAUGUCAUGAACCACUUCCACCCAGAGUGGAAAGUCUGGGAGAACUACAUCGUGUACUCUCUUCUGACAGCCUUUAUUGUUGAUGGCAGAACCUCUUCUCAUCCUAUUAAUAUGCCGAUUGAGGAUUUUAAUGACAUAGAGCAGGCGGGAGACCAUAUCACGUAUCAAAAGGGCUGCUCGCUCGUUGUGAUGCUUUUUGACUUCUUGGGUGAAGAUGCGUUUUUUGCCGGGCUAAAGAAAUAUAUCCAAAAGUAUGCGUGGGCCAACACCAAGGCUUCUGAUUUAUGGGAGUGCUUAAGUUCUGCUUCUGGACUUGAUAUCAGCAGCAUAAUGAACAGCUGGAUAACAAGACCUGGGUUUCCGAUUGUGCAAGUGGAAGAGGUGGAGGGAAACAAGUUGAGGCUAGAGCAAAGAAGGUUUCUCCCAACUGGUGAUGGUGAAAGCGAGGAUCCCUAUGUGAUACCUUUGAAAAUCGAAACGUCCCAAGAAGUCGUCAAGACAUUGUUCAAAGAUCUGAGCGUGGAAUUGUCUAUUCCCGAAGGUCCAUACUUCAUAAAUCCAAAUCACCAGGGCUACUAUGUGACCUCAUAUUCAGAUGAAAGGUGGGCGAAACUUGCAAAAGGAAAUUUGUCGGGAGCCGAUAGAAUAGGGGCACUAUCAGACUGUUCCUUUGCCUCCUUGGAUGGUGGAACUCUGGUAGUUUCUUUCCUUCAGCUCGCUGGUGAGUUUUGCAAACUUCAAGACAGUACAUUGAUGAACGCCAUAGUGGAGAUCUAUUUCGAUCUUUUGGAUGUUUUCCUCUUUGAUGAGGCUAUUUUCACCAGCCUCUGCCGUUUUGGAGGGAGCAUUAUCAAGGAUUAUAUCCCCACAUCAUUCGUUCAAUCUGCCGAUGAUUCCUCUAAUCAGGCACAAUUUAAAAAUGCCGUGUUUCGCUUUGCAGCAUUUGUGAAAGCUCCUGAGAUUGACCGCUACUGCGAUGAACAAUUUGAAAAUUUCAUCACUAAUGGACAGGAGCUUGACCCAGACGAAGCUUUAAUCAUAAUCAGGAACAUUGUACGGAGAAAUGAUGCAGAAACUUGGGACAAAUUGUGGGAGUUGUAUCGGAAAGAAACUGACAGAUACACAAAGGAGGAUAUACUUCGGUCCUUGGGCAACACAUCCGACUCUAAGAUCUUAUCUAAAUUUUUAGGGUUCGUCUUACACUCUGACGAAAUAGAUCUGCAAGAUAUCGUUCUGUCGUUAGCACCGAUUAAUAAUACAGCCGUGGGAGUAACUCUUUUAUGGUCCUGGCUCAAGGAAAACUGGAAUGCAAUCUCGGACAAGUUGGAGUACGGGUCAGUCGUGCACUUGGAUGUUGUUCAAACAUGCCUCAGGAGCCUUUGUACCAGGGAACACUCCAAAGAGGUUGAAGAAUUCUUCCAGGGAAAAAGAGACGCUGUUCUUGAAAAAUCGAUCGCCAAUACCCAAGAGAAAAUCAAGGUAAGGUACCUUCAAGCCGAGAAGAAUCGUCACACACUCACCACCUGGCUUUCCACAAAAGAUCAUUAA